AACAACACUAGUGCUGAUGGUAAGAACAACACCCGGAGAACAUCAACAUCAAGAGCUUCUAGUAGGAACUCUGUGCUGGCAGCAAGGCCGGCUACUACUAGUUGCACAACCUGCUCAUCAUCAACCUCUAGUGUUGGUGCCUCAUCAUCAUCACAAUCUAGACGAGAUAAAAGCACGAAUGAAAGCACUACGACUACUUCUACGACUAGUAAAAAUGUUGUCCAUAUAGUCGACCCUUACCGUGCUCAUCAAAGUGCUCUUUUUCGUACUGCUACCCAAAAGGCCUUUGUGGAUAAGAUGUUGGCUCUAGAUUUUAGGCCUAGAGUAGACAUGAGCG